AUGAACAGCGAAGAGGAGUUUUACGACGCCGAGACAGGGCUGGAGUCGGAUGAUUCCUUGGAGGUCAGUUUCAAGGAUGCUCUGGUGUUUGAAAGCAGCAAGCAUGUCAACGAUGGCUCUGCUGCAAAGUACGAUGCGGCCUUUCAGCGGAGGAAAACCCUGCCUGCCGAAACAAUUACCAGACCUAAUUUCAGUGUGACAAGCAUACUGAGGAAAUGUAUCGGAAUGGAGCUGUCCAAAAUAGCCAUGCCAAUUGUGUUUAAUGAGCCACUCAGCUUCCUCCAGAGACUCUCGGAGUACAUGGAACACACACACCUCAUCCACAGAGCCUGCAGUCUGCCUGACUCGAUAGAUCGCAUGCAGGUUGUUGCUGCUUUUGCUGUUUCAGCUGUAGCAUCUCAAUCAGAACGGACUGGGAAACCAUUUAAUCCUUUACUGGGGGAGACUUUUGAGCUCACGAGGGAGGAAGAAGGCUACAGAUUGAUCUCAGAGCAGGUGAGCCAUCACCCACCUGUCAGUGCCUUCCACGCAGAGUCUCUGAAGCAAGAAUUUGCAUUCCAUGGAUCGGUUCACCCCAAACUCAAAUUCUGGGGUAAAAGUGUGGAGGCCGAGCCCAAGGGCACCAUGACACUGGAGUUACUAAAACAUAAAGAAUCAUACACGUGGACCAACCCAAUGUGCUGCAUUCAUAACGUCAUCAUAGGAAAGCUUUGGAUCGAGCAGUACGGAACGGUGGAGAUAGUUAACCACAGCACGGGAGAAAAGUGUGUGUUGAACUUCAAACCGUGCGGAAUGUUCGGGAAAGAGAUGCACAAAGUGGAGGGUUACAUACAAGACAGAAGUAAGAAGAAACGGUGCAUGAUUUACGGCAAGUGGACCGAGUGCAUGUACAGCGUGGAGCCCAGGGUUUAUGAAGCAUACAAGAAGUCUGACAAAAAAGCGGGAGCAGACGCAAAGAAACAGAAGCAGGAAAAUAACUGUGAAGAUGAGAAUGCGGUUCAAGAGACUGUGACUGUAAUACCAGGAAGUGCCUUACUCUGGAGGAUUUCGCCACGUCCCGCUCACUCGGCAAAGAUGUACAACUUUUCCAGCUUUGCAGUGACACUCAACGAGCUGGAGCCCGGUAUGGAGCGACUCUUGGCGCCAACCGACUGCCGGCAGAGGCCCGACAUCCGAGCCAUGGAGAGCGGGGACCUAGACACGGCAAGUGCGGAGAAGGAACGCCUGGAGGAGAAACAGAGGGCUGCACGCAAAGAGCGAUCUAAGGAAGAAGAAGAGUGGUCGACUAGGUGGUUUCGGCUGGGAACCAACCCUCACACUGGUGCUGAAGAUUGGCUGUACAAAGGUGGAUACUUUGACAGGAACUUUGCUGACUGUCCCAACAUUUACUGA